AUGAUAGAAAAUUCCAGUACCACAACUCUACAAGAGACUGUAGCAAUCAUUCCAGAGCAGACACAACCUUCACGAAAGAGAAAACAAUCCAACCUUUUCCCAACUCUGGUUACUGGUAAGGUACCUACCACUAUUGGCCCUGAUGGCUACCCUCUAAGGAAGAGUGAUUGUCACGGGUUUAGCAACCCAUGCGGGUUACGGGUAAGGGUACACUUGGGUAAGGGUAUGGGUUUGAUAUUCCCAACCCUCACCAAACCCGUACCCGUGGCAGGGGUUAGCGGGUACCCGUAG